UUUACUCAACGAGUGAGUACGUUCGUUGGAACGCGCGGAACGUAACUACUUUUACGUACUUACGGCUAAUAAAACCGGUUUGAAAGUGAGGUGUGGCGUGGGUGUCCGCAGUGCUUCUUUGUACUAAAAAACACCCUUUUCUUCAAGGAACUUUGGUGUUAUAACUUUUGAAAGUAGUAAAAGUGCUGUGACUCAUUUUCGGACCGCGAUCCACAGUCGAAUCGAGAGUGAACGAGACGGCUGCAAUUCUCCGUGCGAGUGAAAGAGACGGCACGCGUCCAGUUCAGAAACCAGUUUGAAGGAUAUAGUUUAUAAAAAAGUAAAAGAAAAGAAAAAAGUGCGUUUUGGUUUUGGAACGGGUCUAGUUAUGCUCCGGAGCGAAUAGUGCGCGUUCGAUAUUCAAGUGAUUCAAGAUGUUCGUUCCCGCGCUUUUUGGAUUGUUGCUGGCCGCUUUAGUCACAGGUCAGACAGUGGAGAUCACGCCGCGCGAGGCUGUUAGGAGGGUGGGCAGCGACCUCACCGUGCUAUGCAAGGUGCCCUACGCCAUCGACUCGUGCCGGAUGACAGUGGGCACCAUGCCAUACCGGCUGCUGCCGGGCACGCAGGACGAGAAUGUCAUGUACGCGGGGCAGGGGCUGCAGGUGGGCGAGUGCGGCGGCCACAUCCGCAACAUCAGGGAGGAGUGGAACGGCAACAUCACGUGUGUGCUGCCCCCGCGCACCGGCAGUAUUGAACUCACCGCCACCAUGCGGCUGCUCGUAGCCAGAGCGCCGGACGCGCCGCAGCUGCUCUCCCCGCAAGAGGCCAUAUUCCGUGAAGGCGAGACCUUCGACGCGCAGUGUGUCGUACCCAACGGUAGACCCGCCGCUAGGAUCACCUGGUUCUUAGACUCAGAGCCCCUCCUAGUGGGCGUGCACCAAGCCGUCGUGGAACAGGAGCCCGGCUCCGACCUCCAGACCAUCAAACAGAACGUAACGCGCGCGCUGAGAGCCGACGACGCGGGGCGGAGGCUCGUGUGUAUGGUGGAACACGAGGCCUUGGACAAGCCCAGGGAGGCAUCGAGACAGCUUAAUGUGCACUACCCUCCGAAGCGUGCGGACGGCGACUCCUCGAGUCAGAUCACCAUUUUCGGGCUGAAGCUGGGCGGUGAGGGUCGUCUCAACGUGACGGUCCGCGCGUCUCCGCCGCCGACGGCCGAGUGGACCGUAGCCGACCAACGGCUGAUCGCGCCCCAGCAGAGCGACGAUGGCACCGUCACGGCGCUACAGCCCGUGCCUUUAGGCGGCGGCUACUACAACGUGACGUUGAUCUUACGACGCGUGAGCAAGGAGGACGUGGAGCGGUCAUACUACCUGCGCGUGCACAACGAGCUGGGAAGAGAUGAGUUCGCUGUGCGGAUCAGCACCAUGGAUGAACCUGCUGGCGUGGAGUUGGACACCGGCGCUAUAGUGGGCAUCGUGGUGGCGGUGCUGGCUCUGCUCAUAGGGGUGUUCCUGAUCGUAUUCGCUAAGGCGACAGACCGGUGGUGCUUCGCAGGAGAUCGCAGCCGCGACCAUGCCAAGAACUCCGGCGAAUCGACGCCUGCCGGGACUGUGCUUUUGUCGGGGCUCGCCGCUAGAACUAGCGACACGGAGAGCGCGGUAGGCGGCGGCGGGCGGGCGGACCGCGCGGCUGGGCGGCUGGCCGCGCUUGGGGCGCGGGUGCGCGCCGCACUGCCGCGCGGCCGGGACAAGGUGCAGGCGGCUGAGAGGGCUGACGAGGAUAAGCCCGCAGACGAGAAGAAAGGCGUAGUAUACGCAGAGCUGGCGCUAGGCGAAGCUCCCGCGGGGGACAAGCCUCCGCCCCCGGCCACGGAGUACGCGGAGAUCGUGUACACGGAGGGACAGAAGGAGACCAAGGAGUAACCAGGUCACGAAUAAGUUAGGUUAUGUUGCAAAAUGGCGGUCGAAACAAAAUGGCGGGCUUUUGAAUUUGAGGUUAUGUCAGGUGCUUUUUUUUUCGUGUUGAAAGUUAGGGUGCGUUUUUUGUAAUAUGCGUUUUGGUGUCUAGCAAUGAUAGCAAGAUAACAAUGAAAUAGGAAAGGUUUUCGGCAUCAUUAAACAUUUUUGCCUACUUUUUAAGACAAAUGGUAGCUAUUUUUGUGAUUUAAAAAUCCUGGCAGGACUUUUUAUGCAUUUACAUUUAACAAAAUUAUACAUUAAUAAAUACAAUAUUUUAGAGGCCUUCAAUUAAAUAAAGUGUUUAAGGAUUAAAAUUACUUACUUACAUAUAAUGAUUGAAUCAUAAUCAUGAAGCAUACUACGAUAUUACAGAGUAUUUAUUAAGUAGGUAUUUAUACAAUAAAGUAAAACAAGUUUAUAUCAACAAAAAUAUACUUACAAAAUUCUUAUUGUGCCUUUGUAACAGAGAAAAAUGCAAUUAUAGCAUAUAGUGGGUAGCUUUCAUAAUAUCAAAUCUAACUUAAUACAAUGAUAGGUAUUUUAAGUGUGAAGCUUUGAACAAUCACUUUAGGGUGGAUUUUUAUUUUUGUCUUGCAAAUCGUAAUCAGCUUAUAAUACAGCACUGCUGGGCGCAGACUGCACUGAAUCAAUUGGGAUAUGGAGCAUACUCCAGGUUUAAGUACUGGAUUGAUGUUAAAUAGAACAUAAGUACACACAUAAAUUCAAGCAUAUUUCUGCAACAAUGAUAGGUUGUAAUAUGGAAUUCCAUAGACAAAAAAAGAAAAAUAGAACAAAAAUAGAAAGGAAAAACAUCAAGAAAUAAAUAAAAUUAAUAGAAAAUUGCAACAUGUAAAAUAAAAAUUCACCUUAAAUAGACUAUAAAUGGAAAAUACGCCUAACUUAUAAGAUUUCUGGCCUAUUAUUGACGCUGGCAAACUAUGCAUUUAAUUAUAAACAUCACAAAAUAAUUGUAAUAUUAUAACGACGAGUGUUAUUGGUGUCCACCGAGAGCUUUUGAAUUAUUUAUAUUAUUAAUAUAAAAUUGUCCGGAAGGCGUUAUGAGAAUGGGAAUUGGAACUGUUUGAACUUUGCUCGGUUGAGUAUAGCUUGGUUAAUUUGACAGCUGUCAGUAAAAUAUAUUUUUAACACAGGCUCUGCACGACAACAGUGCCGCGCGCGGCGCAAAUUAUAUCGAGGGUUUCCAAACGCCGCAGCAAAUGCUAUCUACGUGCAUAGACGGCGUACGGCUAUUGGUCGAAACCCUCGAUAUAAAUCGCGCCACGUGCGGCAUAUUUCUGCGCACGAGGCUGUUAGUAAAAAGCAACUGAUUUGAUUAAAUGGAAAUUAAUCUAUUCAUUGAUAUAAGUACUGAAUACAAUUUGUGUGUUGGUAACCAACAUCUCUGUUCUAUCAAUUUCAUAAAGCUAUAUUUAGCCGAGUCUAAAAUUAGAGCUUAUUAUAAGCGAGGAUAAGAGAAAAGACAUGUUUAUGACGUCCAUAUGCCCGGCUAAGUAGGGAGUAUCACCUAAGAAUAAAACAGAGAACCAAUUUGUCUCUUUUUUGUGCAAAUUAUGUCUUCAAAGUCCCAAAAAAGGAAAAUAAUCUCAUUUAAUUUGUAAUGUUAAGUAAAUGUUCUAAUUGUGUGCUUUUAAUAUUAUAGUUAUAGUAACACUUGUAUUUUAAGAUGUUCACUCGAGUUAUCCUCAGCUGAGGUAUUUAAAGUUAACAUUUUCGUCCUCGACUUGAGGACUUUACUGGAGUCGAGCAUAUCAUACUGCCAACAUAAUAAUACGAAAAUGAUGACUUCAUGUCUUAACACGUUAACAGUCCCCAUACAAGCGUUUCAAAACAUGCCAUAUGUCCAAAUGAGAUAUUAUAUUUUUUGGCUUUCGUUUGUUAUUCAAUGUGACAUGUUUUUGACUUUUUCUAUUUAUAAGGUCUUUGGCUACAAGUCCUUUAUGAAAAUAUCAACUUUUACGAGUCCGUGAUUUGACAGCCCAUAAAGCUGCACUGGUCUCGUGUACCUCAUAGGGUACACGAACUCGGCGGAACCGCUCCCCGUGUGCCACAUACGGUACACCGGACUGUUAACGUGUUAAGGCGCCGUAUAAGGAUACCUAUUUUGAGGCGAGUUCGAGGAAGACCUCGAGGUCGCCUCAACUGGGGACGGAGUAAAGGACGGUUGGAGUUAACAUCUUAGAAUACGGGUGUAAGUGUAUAGAUAACGUAAUUUAUACUUAAUUCUCACUGCCGCGCCUGCGCAGUCCUAUUCUGUUUUAUGUACAAAAUGUACAACAUAAUUGAUUAUUGGACUUAUAUGACGUGGAAAAUGUCGUCGCAGGCUAAUUUGAGACGUACCUUUCGCCCGUAUCAGGGUGGGCAGCUACAAGUUUCUACAAUACAAGUUGGAAAUACACUAGAUAUUCAAUAUCUAAGUUGAUUAAUGACUAUUUUUGUGGUUAUAACACAUGAACAGCCUAUAUAUCGGAGGGGUAUGGAGCUUACUCCACCACGCAGCUCCACUGCGGGGUGGUGGAGGUGUAUGACCGACUUAAUGUGCCUUCCGAAGUUUUAGAAUCUUACUUUUUCGGAGAACCAGAAUUAUUUUUUAUUUAGAAAUAAUUUACUGUGUGAUGUUUUCCACGCGUAUAAUAAUUUAUGAACUAUCGUUAUAAUCUCUAUAAACACAACGUAUUUUAAUAUUAAGUUGAUGCAGGGUCUGUAACUGUGGAGGCUUUAUGGCGCAGAAAGUUCUGGAAAUAAUGUACACACAGCAGAAAUAACUUCUGGGGUGGCUCUAGGCAACACUUCAUGUAGUGCCUCUCCAUUACUGGACGUUGGCGAUCAGCUCAUGGAAUUCAGGAUUCCACAACCCCGCCGGCGUUGUCGACGAUUUCCCUCAUUCAGCGCUUAUCGCUAUCGGCCCACUAGGGUCGAUUCUUUCAAACAAUCCUUUCAGACGACGCCCGGAGCGGCGUACUGGGAAUCCUCAGGCAUGUUGUCUUAAAUUUUGUACCGGGUGAGAGCCCUCAGCGCUCCCCAUUUGCCCGGCCAAGUAGUUAUUUCUGUCUAAGGAAAAUCUACGUCAAAAAAAUAAAAUGAUCAACUGUCGCCACAUUAGACAACACAAAAAUAUAAAUUAAUUUGUCAACACCGGGAAUCGAAUCCGGGACCGUGACUAAUCAUUACAUACCUUUAGAAAAAUCUCAAGGAACAAGUUUGAUAUUUAUUUAAGAAAAUGAAGUGGUUUUUUGCCGUACACAUAACUUUAAUAUGUAUACAUAAACUCACGCCUAUUCCCCACCGGGGUAAGCAGAGACUACCGAUGUUUUUUUGUCGUAUUUAUAUUAUUUCCUGUAACAAAUGUAUAAAGUAUCCAUUAAUUAAUUAUUCGCUAUAAAUAUAUUAAAUCAAGUGUAAGGUACAAAUGUUUGUUAUAAGUAAACGUGUUACGCUAAGACGAAUUGGGAGUUGGCAGACUCAUCGACAAGAGUUCCAUACAUACAUAAACACACGCCCGUGAUCCCUAUAGGGGUGGGCAGGGCUAGAAGUAAUCAGAAGACUUGCACUUUUAAUACGAAGUCCUAAGAUGGAUAUGAUGAACCGUAUGAUCCAUCGUGUUAAGACUCGAUCCCUCUGUAGGUUUUAUACAUGCCUACCUACAUACAUACAUAAGAUUACGCCCAUUUCCCGCUGGGGUAGGCAGAGCCCACGGGAUUCCUCUAUCUACGAUCCUGACACACGCUCGCUUCUUCCACUCUCAUCAAAGACUUCACCCACGCUCGCCGGUUUAGAGUACCGGGUGUCAUGGUCAUAAUAUGCUAUUUUGUCGUCUAUCAAAGACCCAAUAGCCGAAUAACUGUCGGUAAGUGUGCACGCUCCCUUACCUAGUAUCCGUCCAUAGAGUUUUUAUUAUAAUUUACAUAUUUUUAAGUUUUUUUUUUACAUUUUUUUUUAAACUGCAGACGAUUCUGUUACCAUGUACGUGGAUGCUACUUGAUUGUAAGUUUGAUAUUAUAUUAUAUUGAUAAUUAAUUAUACGGUGGUGUGUUCUGAGUAAAUUGAGGUUAGGUUCGACCAGUUACUGUAUUUGAAAACAUAAAAAUAUCCACCGAUUGAGAACCUUUCGGUCGCUUUUGAAGCCGGUCGAAAAGCAUUUUGUCUUAAUUUUUUGUACAACGUGAGAUCCCUGCGCUCCCCAUUUGUCCGGCCAAGUAGUUAAUGCCAUAUGCGGCAAAACUACACUAGGUCACGUCAAUACAAGCAAAAAUAAUUACACGUAAUAUUGGUGCUAAUUCUGUCAUACACACAAUCAUUCUUAUUAUAGUUUGACAGCUGUAAAACUAGUGAACUGUCCGUUAUAGAACUGUCAAAUCAGUUUAAAUAAGUCGCACUCAAUAUUUUAGUGAGAUAAAAAGCUUUUCGAAAAACCAUACUAGGUAUCUAGUGAUGUACAUAAAUCAUCAACGUUCUUAUUCCACGAGGGUUAAAAAGGCCGCAUUGAAUCAAUUCAUGUAAAAAAAGCAAUAUUGCUAUUUGACAUUUCUUUUAUAUGCGCAAAUGUCAAAUCGCAUUGCAUUUUUAGACCCCCAGAUUUACUCAGAAAACAACACCGUAGGAAGUAUUUUAUACGUCUAUACGUUUUUUUAUACAAAUAUUAAUGUAGUUAGAGCUAUGCGGUGCUUGGAACCACGCACAUAGACUGUAUAUCUUAUAUUAUACUUGAGUAUAUUCUUAUACUAUUGGUGCCAGUUCGGGCAAUCGCCAACUUAAUUAUGUGACAGGACUGAAACUAGCUUUAUCUCCUUCGUGCACUUAUUGUAAGUGAAGGACAGCACUAGUUUAAUCAUCAUCACCAGCCCAUUAACGUCCCCACUGCUGGGGCACGGGCCUUCCCUAUGGAUGGAUAGGUAGAUCGGGCCUUAAACCACCACGCGGGCCCAGUGCGGAUUGGUGGUUAUCAACGACUGCUAAUGCAGCCGGGACCAACGGCUUAACGUGCCUUCCGAAGUACGGAGGAGCUCGAUGUGAAAUCUUUUUUUUUUGAGGUCACCCAUCCUAUGACCGGCCUUUGCGAAAGUUGCUUAACUUCAACAAUCGCAGACCGAGCGCGUUUACCGCUGCGCCACCGAGCUCCUAGUUUAAUAGCUGUCAUAUUAAUAAUGUUUUUGUGUCCGCCCGAACAGGCGCCAUUACUUAUUUUUGUGAUUUUAUGUUUGUUUUGAGCCUUAGAUCCUGUAGGACAUGUGUGAACGUAUACAUACUUACACAUACAUAGAUUCUUAUAUUACCCGUAAUCUUUUGGGGUGAACGUUUCUAUAAAUUUUAGGUCCAAAGUAAAAUCACAAAACGGUGCAUAUUAAAAAAUAUAUAAGUUAUUUAAAACUUCAAAGCUUAGUUUAAGCUCACAAAAUGAAUUUUAGUUUGGCAAAAAAAGCAGUAGAAAAUUGCUACUCUAGUAACUAUUUUCAGCUCUGGUAACAUUUCUCAGAAAUUCUAAACAUGGAAGUUGAAUUUUAUUAUGUACGAACGAAUAUGAUUGGUUAAUAUCAGUAUUGCCAUUUACAAAAACCAAAAUAGUGUUGCCAAUAAUAGAAAUCCAUUAUCUACUAUUGUUUUGCCCAACUGAUCAAGUCAUUUUCGCGUUAUAUUAUUGUAUAACUUAUAAAUGCAUAUUUAUAUGUGUUCUGCGCAACCUCUAAGUGUGUCAGUAACCUGUAGUUGGUACUUACUUCUCUGUCUGUAUCGUUUCAAGUAAAAUAAAUCUUGGUGUCAUUUGUAUAA